CUGUAGUGCGUAAUGUAAGAUGGCGUUCCGCGCGAUACAGGCAUAUCGAUUGUGUGUGUGGGGCGGCCGGCAUGGGUGAAGGCCGUCGGAUGCCACAUAAUUUUCGUAACGGCUCUUCGCAAGACUCAAAACUGUUCGGAUAGAUCGAACGAUGAGCACGACCGGGAGAUGAUGCCGGGCACGUCUCGCCAGCUGGAAACACUGAACGGUAGUAGAAAUCGAUUCUGAGUGGGAUAUUUUAAUGGAGGUCCACCAUGAGCCGAUUGAGAAAAACUAUCAGCUGCUUGAAGAGAUUGGCAAGGGUCAAUUUGCUAUUGUACGAAAAUGCAAGGAAGUGAAAACCGGGUCGCUGUAUGCCGCGAAAAUUAUGAGGAAAAGGCGGGUUGCCAGAGGUGUAGCUGCCGCAGACAUCGCAAGGGAGGCCGGUCUCUUAGCACGGCUGAGGCAUCCCAACAUCGUCUCCUUGUACAAGGUGAUAGACACAGGAACAACAGUGGUGCUGCUCCUGGAAUUGAUUUCCGGAGGUGAACUGUUUCAUUGGACGCCGUCCGGUGAAGCGGAGGCCGCGCAUGUGGUGCGUCAAGUUUUAAUGGCACUUAGUCACUUACACUCCCACCAAGUUGCUCAUCUGGAUAUUAAGCCUGAAAAUAUCUUACUGUCCUCGCCACCGCCGAUGCCCAACAUCAAGCUGAUAGACUUGGGUCUAUCGCAUCGCCUGGUGCCCGGCUCCGAGCACAGAGCGUUAUUCGGCACACCGGAGUUCGUGGCGCCGGAGAUCGUGAACUAUGAACCGCUGAGUCUGGGCACCGACCUCUGGGCGGUCGGUGUGUUGACGUAUAUUCUCCUGAGCGGCGCCUCGCCGUUUCUGGGCGAGGACAAGCAAGAGACUUACGCGAACGUCGCUGCAUGCCAAUACCAAUUCGACAAUGAAUACUUCAGCAAUGUGUCCGAGAUUGCCAAAGACUUCAUACGGUCCUUGUUGAUCAAGGAUCCGAAGGAGAGAGGAAAUGCUGAAUCGUGCCUUAAACAUCCUUGGAUUCUCACGGAAUCUGAAGCUCCUCAGGGUCUCGGUGGAGCGAUGAUCAGUGCUGUGAAGCGAGGCUGUGUUGAGGCUGUCUCUCAGUUAUUGUUGCAGGGUGCUCCGUUAAACGUGAAAGAUUCUAAAGAAGACACUCUUUUGCAUAUCGCCUGCGAGGCCGGCGACGAAGGAAUGACGACUCUACUAAUAGAGAGCGGAAUCGAUCUGGACACGCCGAAUAAACAAGGUCUCACGGCGCUACACGUGGCCGCUCGACACGGGCAUAUUAAUCUGGUUAGACACUUGUGCCUUGCUGGUUGCGACGUCGAUAAAACGAAUCGCGGGAUCAGGGCGGACGUCACCGCGAUCAAGUAUGGAUAUCCUGAUAUCGCCAACUUAUUAGAUAAGUUGCGAAACCCGAAUCAGCGCGAAAAUUACAUUCGUCAGCUGCAGCCGACGCACAGACCGAUAGAUCGGCUGCACAUACGACUGCUCGGGCACUGCGCCUCUGGGAAAUCGUCGUUAAUCAGUUCCCUAAAGUCCGGGAUAUUCAGCUUCGGCUUCUUCCGAAGGUCGAGGAGUCAGAAUUGUAGCGCGAAGAGAGAACCUAGUAUCGAGUUGGACGUGACGAGUAAGCACGGUUCUCUCAGUUUCGAGUACAGCGACAGUGAGUAUGAAGGUACACAGGGGGUAGAGUGGAGUCGUGGUAACGUAGGUGGCGAGUGCGUAUUCUGGGAGUUGUGCGGACGCGAGGAAUUCCUGGCGUCUUACCACUACGUGCUCACGUUCCAACAGCCGGCGGUGCAUCUUAUCACAGUUAGUUUGAGAGAGCCGCUCACCGUUCAACUUCAGCAAAUCAAAUUCUGGCUGCAGUUUAUCCUGGACCGCAUCAAUCCGAGUAACGUCGGAUUUGGCGGCAAAUGCAGCGACGUAAAAGUAAUUUUAGUCGGCACUUACGCGCCGGAACCUUUAGCCCCGAAUUCGAACGGCGGCAACUUACUCGCACCGCUCUUGCCAUUUCUGAAAGACUUUACGUCGAUUCUCGGGGAGGAGCCUCAAAUGGUAGCACUGGACGCGACUAAUCCCUCUAGUCCCGGCCUCAAACUCCUCAGAUCUUACUUAAAUAACGCGAGGAUGGAAUUUCUCGAGGAUGGACCGGAAGUUGCAGAAAGUAUUCUCCGACGUGACGCGCCGCGUGCUGCGGCUACGUACGUGCCCCUGGCGAAUCUUGAUAAACAGAGCGCCCUAGUGUGGACCGGUCUCGCCGAGGCGUGGAGGACGUACGUGCAAUCCCUGGAAGUGCCACCGUUGAUGCUCACGCAGGAGGAGUUUCUCAACGAAGUCCGGAGGAUCAACCCGUUGGUCUGCCUGGAACAUUGCAGGCAUCUCGGACUGCAGUUACAGAAUCUAGGAGAAUGCAUUUUACUGCCGGGUAACCUGAUAGUGCUCAGCCCCGAGUGGUUCUGGCAGGACGUGCUGAAUUGGCAGCUGAGUCCCGAUCAGAGAGGACGUCUGGGCGGCCGCACCACCGGCGUCUACACCCUGGAGGAUUUCCAGGCGCGAUGCCCUUGCCCCGCCGCCCAAGCGCUUCAAGCCUUGCAAGCGGUCAAUCUGUGCGUUCCGUGCGAGGUGGACGAAGAUGAAGUGGAGUACGAGAUACCGUGCUUGAACCUGGUGGAGCGUCUGCCCGGCCUGUGGGAGCCGUGGAAAGCGUGCUCCAACGCGUUACCUCACGCUGGCUUGCGCCUUUGCCCGGAGGAAGCGCCUUUGUACCACUUGACCGCGAUAUUCACGCAUUUACAGGCGCAACUGAGGAAGAUCACUCAGACGUGGGACCCGUCCAAUUCGGACCUGUACCAAUGGUGGCGCGGAUCGAAGCUCUGCGUCGGCCCGUGCGAGAGCAUCAUCACCUUCGAGGAAGAGGAGCACAGCUGCGUGGAGAUCCAGGUACGCGGGCCGCGCAGCUCCAGCACCCAGUGCUUCGCCCUUCUCAGCGUGAUCCUGGACGCGAUAGACACCACCAUCGAAUUGGUGGCGCCCGGCAUGCUGCUCGAGAAGCAUUGGCUGAGUCCCAGCCAGUUACGCGAGUACGACGAGGUGAUUCACUCUUGGGCGCCCGCCACAGUUAUAUCGGCUUUGAUCGACAAAGGCCUCGAGGAGGCGACCCUUAAGAACCCUUUGAACGACCGUCAGGAGACCGUGUGGGAGAUAGUGGGCUGCGGGCUACCGUUGAUGGAGAAUUACGUGCCAGGCCCGAAGCAGCCGGUCAAGUACAUAAAGCCCGCUGUGCAGAGACGACUCGCGCAGAUGUUGGACCCGCCCGACCAUCAUGGCAGAGACUGGUGUCUGCUCGCCGUGAGACUCGGCUUGGGCGAUCGCGUCGCCCAAUUGGACAGCACAGUGGACAGCCCGACGUUGAGAUUGCUGAACUGCGCGGGUGCGGAGUGCACCGUCGGCUCGCUGGUGCAACAGCUACGGGCGCUCGAUCGCGAGGACGCCGUGCACCUGUUGCUCACAUACACACCGACUUACGUGCUGUUAAUGUCCGUCGACUCCGAGACAGGGUCUAAUCUCUCCAGAUGACGAUGCUGCUCCUAUCAGUGGCGCAUCAGCACCUUUUAGGUUUCCUCUCCGGUGUCGUGCACGGCGUAUACGCGUGCGCGCGUCUUUGAUGAAUUCGUAGCAUCGUCUCUAUUUCCGCCCAGUAAAAGAUCGUACGUUAAUUUUAAGUAUAUGUAUAUCGUGGUACGUAACUUAACUUUUCGCGAUCAAUCGCGCUGCACUUAGGACCCGAGCGACAUGGAAGGAGCCAGCGACUUCUUUUUCAAGCGGUUUCGUGUCUUUCCUUUGUUCUCUUGAUUCGUCUCUUAUAUCGUACUUAUUAGCCCACGAGGCAUUUGUUGAGGUAUACACCCAUAUAUAUCGCGUUCGUCGGUUGAUCACCGUAAAGGAAAAAAAUUGGUAUCUCUCGUUGAUGCUUCUCGACCUGCGUUGGUUAUUAUUAUUAUUAUUAUUAUUAUCAUUAUAUAUUACGAGUUUUCGCGUUUACUGUACGUUUUCCCCGUUUUACUUCUUAAUCGUUCCGUUGACAGUCGAUGCCGCGGGCGCCACUCGCGCGUAUUGCACUGUAUUGUUUGUUACUCGUGCGCGGUUUGCGUUCCCCCUCGUUAUUACGAAGCUGUUGUGCCAGGGAAAGUGAUGCAUUUACACAUUACGAUGCGAUACGAUCGUAUUUGAUAUCGAUAUAUUGUUUCGAGCGCUUUUCUUGAUAUGCAUAUAUACAUGUACUACAUCUUUGCCAAAACUCUAUGUCAAUAUGCACCGCUUUUUUCAAUACCGACGGUACUCUCACGGGGCAUGUGUGCGCGCACGGGGAGCGGAGCAACCAUCCGCACGGUCUGUUACUUUCGGAUAUAUCGUCUGCGUGUACGCACGAUGGCCGGCAAAUACGCGCAUUUCUACCGAAUUGUACUCGACGUCUUUACUGUGUGCCAUGUUCACAAGAGAUUACGACGGUAUUAUAUACGAUACUCGAGGACACUCCUUACCGUCGAGUGAAGAUUCGAUCUCCUUCUGAGACACCCGAAACAGUUAGACGACGUUACGUUCGUAUCGUCGGCACUUACGAAAGUCUGCUUACGGAUCCGUAUUCGUGAAACGAUCGAGAAACGAUCUUACACCGUACGCGUGUAUAACGAUUAAGUGUUUAAGAGUAAUAGUGAAAUCAUCCGCAUCGAAGAACAUCCGUAGCAUCAGUCAUUCGCGUAGCCUUUGUCCCUCUAUCUCGUCACGCACAGCAUCCCAUAGUAGCUUACACCGACAAGUUAUGUGUUACAAUCUGACAGACUGUUGUAAAGAAAUAAACCGGCAAAACGAUUAAAUAUAUCUUUCGCUAGA